AUGCUCAAGAUGAUGCGACUAGACGUCGUAAGCUGUGGAGCAGUUGACAUAUCACCCACAACUUUGGCAACUACAAAACAAAACAAUGCAAAGAGCGCUUCCGAAGAAACGAAGAGCUCUAGCGAGGAAAAGUGGACUCAGCACCCGGCCAUGCAGAACGACGAAGAGGUCGGCGGCGGAAGUAGCUCAGCGGCCGAGCAGCAGGUGGAACUGUCGGAAAAGGUGGCCGCCGCGCUGAAACGCGCGUCUGACAAGGUCGAGCUGUCGGAGUUACUGAGGGAGAAGUCUCACUUCUUUGAGCGAGCAGUGGAAAACGUUGGGCUCGGCGGUGAGGUCAGAAACUUGGCCAAAGAGGGCAUCAAGUUCGCAGCGAGGAGCGGCGCAAUCAACAGCCGCCCGCCCAAAAUGCUGCACUUUGCUGAGCCAGCGAGGCUCAUUUCCGUGCACGCGUGGCAGGAGGGCGACGAAUCAGCGGGGGAGCUGUUGUUCGUCUGGACGAUCCUUGCGGAUACCGAACACCCCUUUUACGUGCUUGGAUGCAGAGGACGGGUAACGUGUAUAUGUGUACCAUCCACAGCACCAUCCCUUGUGCUUGCUGGAACACAAGAUGGCACAGUUUGCUUGUGGGAUUUACAAGAGCCAGCAUCCAAUCACUCGACGAUGCUGCUCGGCUCGCAGACACUUGUUGUGCGCUCAUCCGCAUUCACCACAGCCUUGCUCAAGAGCUCUCAUGUGUUUGCGGUGCGCGGUCUGUGCAGCGUGGCCGGAGGUGAGCAGGUGGCCAGCGUGGAUCAAGAGGGUGAAAUGGCCGUAUGGUCGGUGGUAUGGGCGUCUGGAGGCCACCCUGACAGUGUUGAACGCGGAUGUCACCUCGUGCGUGGAGCCCAGAGAAAUUUGCGCGCUGAACUGGCGGACGGCGAGUCAGCCGAAGUGACUGAUGUGGUUUCAUCAGCUGAAAGACUACUUGUAGCUUUCGACACGGCCCUGGUCGUUGCCUUUUCCCCGCUGUCAUCUGUUGGAAGAAUAAAAAAGUACCCACCAACGAGAGGUCCAAUUUUAGGAGAGACUAUGUUGGCGAUCAAUCCUCGAUUGAAAAAUACAUUCGCUGUAUUGGACGGAUUUGGAGACGUCUCUGUUUUCGAUGCAAAGCACUCUCGGCCUCUCUGGCGACUGGCAGCUCACGCAGCCAUCCUCUCUUGGGCCAGCAGCGGUCUUCUUCUUUUGCACGCCGACCGAACACGUCUAUCUCUUUGGAGUCCUCCAACGGUAACCGGUGAGCAGACAGCCACCCACCUGGCCUCCUGUCAACUCCACAGCAAAGUCGAUCAAGUGACGGCAUCCAUUUCUACUGACAAUGUGGUUCUCACCACGUGCGACGGCGAGCUCGUCUCGAUUUCCAUCAGACGCGACCUCUCAGCAGCAUCAGCAAGAAAAUGAAUGAGACGCACACGCUAUGCGAUUUGUGCGAAUGUGAUGCGAGUGCCGCGCACAAGAUGAUGGGGCCCGAGGAAAUGACAUUAUUUUCAGAACAAUCAGUGUCUCGCCCUUGGGCAAGUGUAUAUCAACAAAUAAAUGCUUCUUCAUCCCAGUUGUAACGAAAAUAAUGACUA